AUGUCUUCAGAAAAUAUAGCUCGAAACGUUAAAAUACAAAUUAAUGAUACCUUGCAUAAUUCUAGUAAAGAUUUUUGUAUCGGGCUUUGUGAAAAAUUAUGGAACGAAUUAAUUAAAGAAUUCGCAAAAAACGAGUCUGAAGCUAUAAGAGCGACUCUUAAGUCUCAUAUUUGUAUUUCUAUUACACCUUUGGGCCUUAAUUUGAAAAAUCCACUUAGAAAACAAAAACAAAAGCCAUUGGUUUCUUCAAUAAUUACAUACGCUAGAUUACAAUAUCCUGAUAAAUUUGAAGAAACACCCGAGGAUCAUGUUAUUUAUGUAUCAGAAGAUUUCGUAAAACAAAAUAAUUUGCGAGAUGAAAUCGAAGUAGAAGUUAGGAUGAUUGUUCCGAUUGAAUUGGAAGAAGUUAUUAUUGGUGCUUUGAAUACCGAAUCGUAUGAAAGUUUAAUAAGAGAUCCUUCCGCAAUAUCAAUUUAUUUUGAUUCAUCAUUGCUUAUAGUCGUUAGACAAUCGCAAAUUUAUCAUCUUCGAUCAGUUUCUGAUUCUGAAGUUUUAAUUAAAUUCAAAGCAUUAAUGUGCAAUCCUGUUUUACAAGGAACUAUUGGAACCCAUACGAAUUUUAUUAUAACUGAUUUAUCACAAGAAGCUUUGGGUUAUGAUUAUGAAGAAGAAGAAAUUGAUAUUAACCAUAACAUUGAAUUUGAUUUUGAAGAUUUGUUGGAGGAAAAAAAUAUUUUGAAUUUGAAAGAUGAUUUUAUGGAUACUCAAUUGGCUUUACUUGAAGUUAAUGGACAAGAUAUCGGAAAUGGAUAUGAAUCUAAUACGUCAACAACGUCUUCAGAUGAUGAAUGUUUAAGUACUGUGGUUUCUAUUUCAAGAAAAUCUAAUUUUGCUCCUCAACUUUUAUCAUCUCCCUUUCCUGAAUCUUUAAUACAACCUAUACCAAAAGAAAGAGAGGAUCCUGAAUCAAGAGUUCUAAUUAGUAUAAGAGAUUUGGCCAAGUUGGGAAUUCAAAGUGGAAGGCCCAUUAAUGAGAAAACUAGGUUAUGCAAAAUUUAUGCUAUAGAUAUUUCAUCAUCAUUCAAAGAAUCAUCAUAUCCUCCUGCUUAUAUUUCCCCAUCACUUCAUUUCAACCUUGGUUUUUCUAACACUAAGAAUUUAACUUCCGAGCAGUUAUUCAUUCAACCAGCUAUCAGAAUGCAAUCUCCACCUCCCGUAGCUAAAUAUUUAGUUGUUGCUAGAAUAGCUUUUCCAAAUUGUAAUGAUAGAUUUAUUUAUAAUGCCAGCAUAUGUGGUUUAGAAAAAUGGUUUGAAGAGGCUGAUAGGAUCGUUUGUGAAGGAGAUAUUUUCUCUAUUCCGAUAGAUGAGGAGGCUGCCAGAUUAAGACCACAAAAAGUUGAGGGUGAUAUUGAAACAUUAGAUGACAUUAAAAUUGCUACCUCUCCACUAAAACCAACAACGGUGGUUCAUUUCAAAAUUUCCGAGUUGAAACCUAAAAACAAAAAAAAAUUGAUGUUAUAUGGAUCUGGUAGAUUAGUGGAUACCAAAUUAACUAGGAUUGAACAAAUUGGGAUGGUGCAUUCAAAAGUCCCUAUAGUAAAACAAUAUUUUGGGAUUUCUUCAAAUUUUUCCAAUUCAAAUUCAAUAUUAACAUCUCCCGGAACACCUUAUGCUAAACUUUAUGAUCUCAUUUCAUCUUGUCUUCAUCCAAAUGCUGCCACACUUAACCUUAGUUGUACAGUCCUUUUACAUGGUCCUCGAGGAUGUGGAAAGAAAACAGCGGUUGAUUGGGUAGCAGAUUCAGUUGGUGUGCAUGUUUUCGAAGUGAAUUGUUUUGAUUUUGCGGGAGAAACUGAUGCAAAAACGGAAACAUCACUUCGUAUGAGAUUGGAUAAGGCAGUAACAAGUUCCCCGUGUGUAUUUUUAUUACGACAUAUUGAUGCAUUGGUGAGAAAAAGUGCUGUUCUUGAGACUGGUCAAGAUCCAACCAUUUCAACUAUCUUGCAAGAUUGUUUCAAGCAACUUUUAAUAAAUUUUCAAAAUAUUGGAUAUCCUGUGUUAGUUGUAGGUACAACAGGAGAUAUUGAAGAAGUUCCUGCAAGCAUAAUAGGAUGUUUUAGACAUGAAAUUGCUUUUGAAUCACCAUCUGAAGCUGCAAGAUUAGCCAUAUUAGAACAAUUAACGUCUGAUACACCUUUGGCUCCAGAUGUUUCAUUAUCACUAUUGGCAACACAGACCGCUGCACUCGUCGCGAAAGAUUUGGAUGAUUUGGUUGCAAGAGCCGGAUUGGCAUCACUUGAACGGGUUGAAAUUUCUUUAAAAAAGACAAAUCAACCUAUAAUAAAAGAUUUAGACAUUGUUCAGGCUGGAAUUGCAUUAACUGCUACAGAUUUUGAGAAUGCACUUAACAAAGCGAGAGCAUCAUACUCUGAUAGUAUAGGAGCACCAAAAAUUCCUAAUGUUACAUGGGAUGAUGUUGGAGGUCUUGCAGCUGUAAAGCAUGAUAUUUUAGAUACAAUUCAAUUACCUUUAGAACAUCCAGAGUUGUUUGCAACUGGAAUGAAAAAGAGAUCAGGAAUUUUACUGUAUGGGCCACCCGGUACGGGAAAAACGCUUCUUGCUAAAGCAGUGGCAACUUCAUGUUCUUUAAACUUUUUUUCAGUUAAAGGGCCAGAAUUACUUAAUAUGUAUGUUGGUGAGUCUGAAGCUAACGUACGACGAGUUUUUCAACGUGCCCGAGAUGCCAAACCAUGUGUUAUAUUCUUUGAUGAGUUGGAUUCGGUUGCACCUAAAAGAGGAGAACAGGGUGAUUCUGGAGGAGUAAUGGAUAGGAUUGUUAGUCAACUAUUAGCUGAAUUGGAUGGAAUGGGUCAAGGAGGAGGAGCUGCAGAUGUGUUUGUAAUUGGUGCGACCAAUCGUCCGGAUUUAUUAGAUCCGGCAUUACUAAGGCCGGGACGAUUUGAUAAGCUUCUUUAUCUUGGAGUGAGUCAAGAUCAUGAAACUCAACUUAAAAUAAUUCAAGCAUUAACAAGAAAGUUUCGUUUACAUCCUUCAUUGGACCUUCACGCAGUUGCAGAAAAAUGCCCAUUCAAUUAUACAGGUGCAGAUUUUUAUGCACUUUGCUCAGAUGCGAUGUUAAAAGCAAUGUCAAGAACAGCCGAGGCUAUUGAAACCAAAGUUGUUAAAAUAAAUGCCAAUCCUUCAACAAAUAUUGCAAUACCAAUAAAUUCACAAUAUUAUCUUAAUCAUCUUGCUAUACCCGAAGACACUCUCGUUGAAGUUAAUCAAAAUGAUUUUGAAAGAGCAUUAAUUGAAUUAAUACCUUCGGUUUCCGAAAAAGAAUUGGAACAUUAUAAGAUGGUUCAAAUGAGAUUCACUCAAGAAGAAGCGAAAAAAUUUGAAGGAAAUGAUGAGCAAAAUUCGAAUUCCAAUAGUAAUAUUAUUGGUGAUAGUGUAACGAUCAAGUAUAAUGAAAAUGAUGGUAAAAAGAAUGACAAAAAGGGUAAAGGUAAAGCAAAAGUUGGUUAG